CAUCUCCCAGUCGCACUCAUCCACUCGCCGCUCGUUCCCCAACCAGCAGCACCAAGCAACCAUCUUCUCUUCUCUCCGUCCCUCGCGACGACGACCGGCGGCGGCAUGCAGUCGGGCUCGGCGAGCUCUGGUGCGGCGCCGUUCGUGGCCAAGACGUACGGGAUGGUGGACGACCGUGCCACCGACGCCGUCGUCGCCUGGGGCCCCGCCGGCAACAGCUUCGUCGUCGCCGACCCAUUCGCCUUCUCGCGCGCGCUCCUCCCGGCCCACUUCAAGCACGCCAACUUCUCCAGCUUCGUCCGGCAGCUCAACACGUACGGCUUCCGCAAGGUCGACCCGGACCGCUGGGAGUUCGCGCACGCCUCCUUCCUCCGCGGCCAGACGCACCUCCUCCGCCACAUCGUGCGGCGCCAGAGCAGCGGCAAGCGCGGCAAGGGCGACCUCGAGGAGGACGACGAGGACAGGAGCAGCAGCAGCAGCAGCGAGAUGCUGGCCAUGGAGGUGGCCCGGCUGAGGAACGAGCAGAGGGCGACGGAGGAGCGCGUGGCGGACAUGUGGCGCCGGGUGCAGGAGACGGAGCGCCGGCCCAAGCAGAUGCUCGCCUUCCUCCUCAGGGUCGUCGGCGACCCCGACGUGCUCCGCCGCCUCGCGAGCAGCUCGGGCAGCGGCCCGGGCGAGGGCGCGGAGGUCAAGAGGCCGCGGCUGCUCCUCGACGGCGACGGCGCGGGGGUCGACGGGCUGUCGUACCACCGCAGCGGCAACGACCUGAGCCCGGAGGAGGCCUUGGUGCCGGAGCCGAGCGUCGACCUGUACUUCGCCGGAGCCGACGGGUUCGGCGACGUGCAGAUGGACGGCUCCCCGCCCUACGGCUUUCACAUGGACAGCAGCUACUGACUGCUUCCCUGGACGCCGGCUGUCGGUGCCGGUGCCGGUGCCGAUGCCGAUGAACAGCUCUGCUCUGUAUCACUUUAUGUAUGUGUAGAGAAAGGAAGGUAGGUAGAUAAGCUCUGACUUGGGGCUGUACAGGCGCUCGAAAUGACAAAUGGGAGACUGUCUUUUUUUUACUGCAUUUUAGCUCAGCAACUUUGGUCAUGUCAGAUGUGCAAAACCAGAGCAACUUUGGUCA